GGCUCAAGAAAUCUCGGCUCAAGGCGCUUGACAUUUGAUCCCCUCUGCCUGGGUAACCUCCAGUGGGAUCGAGUGCGCGUCAGGGAGUCACACGUUUGUCGCCUAGAGUGAUAUUGCACUGCCAUUCAUUUGACACGUUUGAUCGCCUUGAGUGGUCUUCAAUUGAUUGUUUCACACGUUUGUCGCCUAGAGUGAUAUUGCGCUGCCAUUCAUUUGACACGUUUGAUUGCCUUGAGUUGUCUUCAAUUGAUUUGUUUUGCUGGGUGCUUCCGAGGCAGUCUCUGCAAUCUUUCGUUAUGCCACACGUGCUGAGUGCGAGUGCUCGCAUUAUGCGUCGGGCGCUGGCUGUUCAAAACGGAUACUGUGUGCAUUUACCUAUUCGUUUGCCUCUGGAUGGUUUGGUGCCACCUACGUGUCUCCCACCACCAGGGCUGGAUCGGGCGACUGCCGAUGUGGUUCUAGAUUAUCUCUUGUUGCGCGAUCCACCUGUUGUUAAACGCAGUUUGGAGGAGGAGGAGGAGGAGGCUGACAUUAAGACUGUUUCGGAUAAUAUUUCUUGCCGUAUGCAGGCUUCUGAAUCGCUGGUUGAUGUAGAUAUUGGAGUGCAGGCUUCUGAAUCGCUGGUUGAUGUUGGAGUGCAGACAGUUGAUGUUGCGGACUUUCAUUGUGAAGUCGGCUGUCAGACAGAUAGUGUCGUUGGGAUGGAGGGAGGAUCUUCAGGAGUUCUUCUUGGGAAAGUGACUGUGGCGGCGGAGGAGGAGCUGGAGGCACCCUCGUGUGCGGAGUCUUCUCCGAACGUGCAGUGUGAUUAUGAUAGCCGCGCCUUGUCAGGAGCGUCCCAGGGGUGUCUGAAUCGCCCCGUCACGCUCAAUGAGGUAUCGAAGGAGUCGCGCCAGAGGACUCGAGGGAGAGAUCGUGACAAGGUCAAGGGGACAUCGACGUGCUCUCAGGCCACCAUUGCCGAUGUCAAAGCGUGGAUUGACGCUGUUGCCAGCAUCAACGAGUUGAAUGCGAUCCAGUAUUUAAAGAACGGAAUGGAUUUGUUUGAUAAGCUGGUGACAGAACGUGGGUUCCCUACAAAGAAGGCCCAAAAAGAUUAUGCUCGGAAACUGUAUGAGAUGCUCCAGAAUGUGCAAGCGACGCUGGAGGAUCUUCUAGGAUUCUUCGAGGUGCACAGGUUCUUGACAGGACAAAUGAACAGCGCCGAGAUGGCCAAGUUUCUUGAGGUUUCCAAGUGCAGCGAUUACCGAAUAAUAUUCUUCGGGCGCCCGAGGAGUUUCGACAAGUUGGGAUGAAGCUAUUCGUGCGCACUUGUAUGCAACUUUCGGUUUAGAACAGCGAAGGCUGUAAUGCUUGUAUCUCACCUGUUCUUGUUUUCCUCACUUUAUUUCUCUGUUUGACCUCUCGCUGGAGCCAUGAUGGCUCUACGGCCCGCUGUGGGCCCCACUAAGCGCUUCAGGUGUGUAAAGGGCAGGAGCCCCUCAUAUUCUUCAGGUGACGUUCUUCCACGGGUUGUUUCCCUGUCUAAUUCGUUGAUUACUUCACAUGUGACGUUGAGCAUGCGCCUCUUGUCAUACGGCGGGUUGAACAUGCGUAUUUCGGACUGGUUUUGUGUGGCGAUUCUUCCGAUGCUGCGGUGCUUGCAGUAGCCUCUGAUGUUGUUCCUUGGGAGAUGAUUUCAGCAGUCCCCUCUUUUUUGCUUCUGGAGUCCCCGUGAUUUGUCUUGGGACUUCAAAACAGAGCGUUGUGGAGAUGGCAGUCCAUCUGUUAGGGAUGGACUGCCUGCGGCUGGUUGGCCGUGACGAAUAAUCGGCUCUGCCUCUCGUGCGUGUGCGGUGUCAGCUCGUAGACUUUCGCUGCGUUUUCCCACUUCGAGUUGAAGUGUAAAGGCCCUCCCGAGACCUGGGAGGGGCCAGGCAGUAUGCACGCCAGGAAGCGAGCAGGCAGUAGCAUAUGUGUGUGUGACAGAGCGGCGUGAACGCCGCUUUGGCUCGAGCCGGUCAGUGAGAAGCCUCACCGAGUGUAUAUCCUGUCCGCGGCGGCCAGCCUCUCCCCCAUCAUGCCAAAUCCGAUAAUCAAGAUUAUCAUCACGACGGCGAUCCUCGCGAUCCUCUCCCUCUUCGGGGCCCUCAGGGCCAGCUGGGCCCUCAGUGCCAGCGUGACAGUUUCACCGCCGUCGGUGGACGCGCAGACGGAGCUGGAACCCAACCCUCAGGAGGCGUUGACUCGGGAGGGUGAGCGCCAGG